GGCCCGGCACGGAAGGAGCCGACGGGGCGUGCGGCGCCCGACGUGCCAACACCAUGCACCCAGCGGGCAGCAGCUUUCCCCCGGACGAAGAGCCGCUGAUCGAGGAGCCCUCAGUGAACAGAGCCAGCCAGCCAAAACCGAGCGACCACCUCUAUGGGGCUUAUGUGAUCUUCUUCCUCCUGGGCGUCGGAUCGCUGCUGCCAUGGAACUUUUUCAUCACGGCCAAGCACUACUGGGCAUAUAAGCUACAGAACUGCUCGGAGCAGGCAGAACCAGCCCCCUCCGACCUGCGGGAUUAUUUUGAGAGUUACAUCUCCAUCGCUUCAACCGUGCCCUCGGUGCUGUGCCUGCUUGGAAACUUCCUGCUGGUCAACAGGGUACCCGCCAGUGUCCGCAUCCUGUCCUCCCUCUUCAUCAUGCUGUCCAUCUUCCUGGUGAUUACGGUGCUGGUGAAGGUGGAUACGUCCUCCUGGACCACCUGUUUCUUCGCCCUCACCAUCGGCUGCGUGGUGGUGGUCAGCGGUGCCUCCACCAUCUUCACCAGCAGCAUCCUGGGCCUGAGUAGCCGCUUCCCCAUGAGGAACUCGCAGGCACUGCUGGCAGGUCAGGCCAUGGGAGGCACGGUCAGCGCCAUCGCCUCCAUCAUCGACCUGGCAGCAGCGGCCGAUGUGACUGACAGUGCUCUGGCCUACUUCCUCACGGCGGACAUCUUCCUCGUAGUCUGCAUCAUGGUGUACCUCCUGCUGCCCCGGCUGGAGUACUCCAGGUAUUACAUGGGAAGCCACUGGGAGCACCCAUCACUGGCCACCACAUCGCCCAGCAGCCCCUUGGAGGACCAAACAGAGCCAGGAGGCUCAGCACACAGCCUGCCCCAAAGCACCGCUGUCCCUCCACUGCGCCCCAUCCUGCGCAAGACUGCCGCCCUCGGCUUCUGCCUCUUCUAUGUCUUCUUUGUCUCCAUCAUCAUUUUUCCUUCACUCUCCUCCAGUAUCCAGUCCGUCCACCAGAACUCGGGCAGCCUGUGGGCCACCAAGUACUUUGUGCCACUGACCAGCUUCCUGUUGUAUAACUUUGCCGACUGGUGCGGGCGGCAGAUCACCGCCUGGAUCCAGGCACCCGGCCCCAACAGCAGGCUGCUGCCUGUCCUCGUCCUCCUCAGGACCAUCUUCCUCCCACUCUUCAUCCUCUGCAACUACCAGCCCCGGGCCCACAUAAGGACAGUGCUCUUCGAUCACGACAUCUACCCAGUGGCCUUCACCACACUGCUGGGUCUCAGCAAUGGUUACCUGGGGACGCUGACCCUUGUCUAUGGCCCCAAAAUCAUGCCCAAGGAGCUGGCUGAGGCAGCAGGGGUGGUGAUGAGCUUCUAUCUGGUCCUGGGACUGGCCCUGGGCUCUGCAUGCUCUGUGCUGGUGGUGCACCUCAUCUAGGGAAGAGCCAGAUGGAUGCUCUUGGUUUGCCCGGCCAGGAGGAGUUCGGGAGCAAAGCAAAUGGACCAAAAGCCUUGACUGCAGGGUAGCAAUGGGAACGCCCGAGCAGUCAAAGAAACCUUUCCCUCGUUAAAAUGCCCCUGGAAAUGGGCAUUACACUGCAUAAUACCCCAAUGGCAGUGUGGAACCAAAGGUACUUCAGCCCUUGAAGCCUUCAGUGAGCCUAGAGAGUGAAUAGCAGCAGGGCAGAGGGAUUUCUCCAAGGAAAGGGAAACCUUGGUGUGUGCAAGGGAGAUUCCACUUGCACUUCCUCGUGCAUUGAUUUUUUCCGAUGAUUUUUCCAGCCUGUGGCUGUUUGCUUUUCUGUGCUGCUGGGUGCAGUUGUGAAGGCAGUGAUUGCAUACACUACCCUACUGAUCUGCAGCUGAGUCCUAAGGAAACUGAAAUGUGAAGAGGUCCUCUGUGUUUUUAAGGUGCCUUUAUCCUGGGCUGAGAGAGGUCUGUAAAAUCAGGGAGAGUUGCCAAAGGGGCUCUGAUGUUACAAUUACUGUGUUCACGGCAGAAAAUUGAUUAAUUACAGCAAACAGCAAAUUACAGCAUGACAGUCCCCAGGUACUUUCAGGGGGGUGAGUUACUGUGACACCCAGUAAUAGGGUGUAUGAUGGAGAGGAGAAGCUUUACAGCACUCAACUUUGCACAUGUGGGCUCUGCAAUCAACAGCACAAGCACUAGUGGUGGCAUUAAUGUUUCUUAUUCACUGGUUAGACAGCGAGUGGCUCUGGAUGCAAAGAGAGUUGCUUCUUGUCUUGGAGUCAUUUCUGAGAUGGAAAUGCCCAGGGCUGGGCACACCCUGGUGGCAUCUCAUAUACCUAUGUCUUUAGCUUCAAGUGGCCUUGGUGGGCUUUUAAAGGCAGUUUAGAGGUCUUCUGCUCUGUGUUGUUUGGUUUUCCCCAGGUACCAGGUGUUAUGAGGUCUGAUUCAUUUACUGGCUGCUUUGCACAUCUGCUCAUCCUCUCCAUGAUGUUACAGAGUGAAAUUACCAAAUACCUCUCAAGACGGGACUUAAUUGUCUGAUACCAUUGGUAAUAAAGUUAAAUCUGUGUAAA